CGUCUAAUCUCUCGAUCAAGAUGCUACUCCGACACUUGCCGCCGUGUACCAUACAUUCUUGGCUCCAAACAAGGCGGACAGUGGUCAACUUUGUGUCUGAAUACCGUUUCGUGUGAGCGGUGUCGGUGUUGGCAUCACUGCUCGUCAUGUCGGACACAUGGAGCAACAUUCAGGCGCACAAGAAGCAGCUGGACUCUCUGCGGGAGAGGCUGCAGCGGCGGCGGAAGGAUCCCGCACAGCUGUCCGGGGAUGGUGGCAGCAGCACGGAGGGCUCCACAGCCAGGAGUGACAGCCCGGCUCCAUCUGCACCGUUUCAGCCUCAGGAGGAGAAGGAGAAACCGCCAGACCCCGAACUAGAGAAGAGGCUGCUGGGAUAUCUCUCUGAUCUGAGUCUUUCGAUGCCAACCGACUCACUCGCCCUCACAAAUGAACUCAACAGUUCUGGGACAGAUGUCAGUCAUGGAUGCAUCCAGAGCCUGCUGCUAAAGUUUUCCGCCCAGGAGCUCAUCGAGGUCCGUCAGCCCACUUCAGCAUCUUCUUCUACCGCUUCCUCCCCCUCGAUUGUGGUGUCAGUGGACCACACGAAACUGUGGGCCAUGAUCGGGUCCGUGGCCGGAGCCCAGCGGACCGGAGUCAAGAGGAAGGCGGAAGACCUGACCCACAGUAAAAGAGCUCCAGGCUUCCCGCCCUCGCUCCAGAGCUCGGCCUCUCCUCCGCGCACCUCCUUCACCUCUGUCACACCGGCUUCCUCAACACAGAUGGCGGGGCCCUCGGCGUCAGGGAGCGGGGCAGACAAGAAGGGCAGGAGCAGCAAAAACCCGUCGUCUCAUUUGGACAUGGAGAUAGAGAGCCUCCUGAACCAACAGUCCACUAAAGAGCAGCAGAGCAAGAAGGUGAGCAGAGAGAUCCUGGAGCUGCUGAACGCCAGCACAGCUAAGGAGCAGUCCAUCGUGGAGAAGUUCCGGUCUCGCGGCCGAGCUCAGGUCCAAGAGUUCUGCGACCACGGGACCAAAGAGGAGUGCGUGCGCUCCGGGGACACGCCGCAGCCGUGCACCAAGUUACACUUCCGGCGCAUCAUCAACAAGCACACAGACGAGAGCCUCGGCGACUGCUCCUUCCUCAACACCUGUUUCCACAUGGACACCUGCAAGUACGUCCACUACGAGAUCGACAGCCCCCCGGAGGCCGAGGGGUGCCUGCUGGGGCCCCAGGCCGGGACCACGGAGCUGGGGCUUCACGCGGGGGACGCGGACAGCAACGUGGGCAAACUGUUCCCAUCGCAGUGGAUCUGCUGCGAUAUCCGCUACCUGGACGUGUCCAUCCUGGGCAAGUUUGCCGUGGUGAUGGCCGACCCUCCGUGGGACAUCCACAUGGAGCUGCCCUACGGCACGCUGACUGACGACGAGAUGAGAAAGCUCAACAUUCCCAUCCUGCAGGAUGACGGCUUCCUCUUCCUCUGGGUCACCGGCAGGGCCAUGGAGCUGGGCAGAGAGUGUCUCAGCCUGUGGGGCUAUGACCGAGUGGAUGAAAUCAUCUGGGUGAAAACCAACCAGCUCCAGAGAAUCAUCCGCACGGGUCGGACCGGCCACUGGCUGAACCACGGGAAGGAGCACUGUCUCGUGGGUGUGAAGGGAAACCCUCAGGGCUUCAACAGAGGUUUGGACUGCGACGUUAUUGUUGCAGAGGUCCGCUCCACCAGUCACAAACCAGAUGAGAUCUACGGCAUGAUCGAGAGACUGUCGCCCGGCACCAGGAAGAUCGAGCUUUUCGGUCGACCCCACAACGUCCAGCCCAACUGGGUAACCCUUGGAAACCAGCUCGAUGGCAUUCAUCUGUUGGAUCCGGACGUCGUGGCCCGGUUUAAGAAGCGCUACCCAGACGGCGUCAUCUCCAAACCCAAAAACAUGCAGUGAUGACUUUUAAUCAGUGGUCAUGCGCCUGGAGGACUUUUGUCUGUAGUCUGUUUUUGUUCUUGUGUCUUUUUAUACCAGUGAACUCAUUUCUUAAAUAAAUGUUGUUAAUAAGAAACAA